AUGGACCAAGCUGCCGCUGCCACCGUCGGCGACCACGCCACCGCAGGAGCGAUCCCCAAGAGGCGCCGCAUCCCCAUCGCCAGCAUCGAGGACUACGAGGAGACCUGCAUCCUCGGCGCCGGCAGCUUCGCCGUCGUCGUCAAGAUGCACCACCGCGUCACCGGCGAGACCGUCGCCAUCAAGCGCCUCCGCUCCAGCGACGGCGGCAAAAUGGAGCUCCUGCGGGAGGCGCGCUUCCUCGACGCGUGCAAAGGCCUGCCUUUCCUCGUCGGCUACCACGGCCUCGCGCGCGACCGCGCCACUUCGGACCUCUGCCUCGUCAUGGAGUACGUCGGGCCCAGCCUCCACGACUACCUGCGCGAGCGACGGAGCCGUGGGAGCCCGCCGCUGCCGGAGGCCACGGUGCGCGCUGUCGUGAGGCAGCUGCUGACGGGAGGCCAGAAGUUGCACGAGCGCCACAUCGUCCACCGCGACAUCAAGCCCGCAAACAUCCUCGUCGGAGACGACCACCAGAUCGUCAAGAUCUGCGACCUUGGCCUCGCCAUAUCCAUGUCCUUGCCGCCGCCGUACACGCAGGCCGGCACGCUGUCCUACAUGGCCCCCGAGGUUCUGCUGGGGAAGACCGACUACGACGCGCUCGUGGACACUUGGUCGCUGGGCUGCGUCAUGGCGGAGCUCAUCAAAGGGAGGCCGCUGUUCGAGGGCAACAACGACGAAGUGGGGCAGCUCUACGCGAUCUUCGACGUACUUGGGAUGCCAAAUAGCAAGGCGUGGCCAUGGUUCACGUCCAUGCCGCUCGCCGCCAAGAUGCAGACCCUGCAGGCGCAGCGGCGCAACAGGCUGCGCGAGCUGUUCCCAGAGAAGAGGCUGUCCAAGGAGGGAUUCGAGGUCCUGAACGGCCUCCUCGCGUGCAACCCUGACAAGCGGUUCACGGCGGCCGCCGCGCUCAAGCUCCCGUGGUUCUCCAAGGUCGACGCGCUAACGCUGACGCUGCCGCAGAAUGAGGAGGCCGCAAUAGUAUCAUCGGCGUUGCCCAAGAAGAAGAGGGUGCUGAUCAUCCCACCGCCAUUGCCCAAGAGACUCAAGGUCUUGUGA